AUGAUCACAUCUGAAGACCUACGCCAGCUCUCGAGAAUUGCAAGGAUAUUGGGAUCGCCACUCCAUGGAUUACGACUAUAUUGCGAUGCCUCCAUCGAAGGAUUGCAGGAUGUCAAGGGUUUCGUGCUUUUCACAAUUGCCCCUCCCUCUCACAAUUAUGCGAAGGAUCCAGUAUCUGCCGAUGAAUUAAAUGAGGCCAAGCAUAUUUUGGUCGAGGCUGGCACUGCUGAACUCUCCGACAUCAUCCCUGUCCAUGUUUUUUGCGAAGCGACUUACGAGGAAGUGGAGAAGGCCCUCAUUAAAGAUGUGCGCCUCCCUCAGUUGAUUUCCAGCCCUAAGGGUGUAGGAAAAGAGCGGCAAGCAGAAAGAAGGGGAAACAAAUUUGCAGGAGUGCUCUCGUGUAUCGAGCACUAG